AUGGGUCAUCCAUACCAUUCCUCGGUUCAGACUGACGAGGAUGAUCAGGAUGCGCUAUUGGUCGCAUGCUUCUUUCUCGCACAUCUUGACCUAGCCUUGGCUCGUUCAAAUCGACUGAGGAAUACCAUUCGUUUUGUUGCUUCGGUAUUACAGACCCCAGGUUACAAGGAUAAACUGACCGGUGUACAAGCGAGAGUAAUAUCAUGGGUUAGUAACUCCAUGACCGAUCCACUUCUAGAGCUCAUACUUCGGCUUUCGUUCGCGUUACAUAUGAUCACAAAAACAAAGGGAUCUUCUCCGAGCAGCCACGCGGUGAAAAAUAUUCGGAGAAAGUUGGAUUCAUAUCGAAUAUCUAUCGACCAGGAUGGUAAUUCUGGUCGACAUGAAGGACGGAAUCGAUGUACAUACCUGGUUCUCCGCGAACUUUAUCACAGUGCUGAGAUUUCCUACUCUCGAUGUCUCAUUUCGAAUGACGUGCGACAUGCGGCAGAUGCGCACGCCAAGGAGAUCAUUCGAAUAUCUCAACAGCUCAAGACCCUACGACCAGAGGGCUCGAAGACGACACCUCCGCCUACCAAGCUCUGGCCGUUGCCGCUCGUAAUGGUCGCGAUCGAAGUUGAGGAUCUGAUCUAUCGAGAAUGGGCUAUACAGAUGCUGGAGGGCUACGAAACCGUUGGUAGCGAUCAUUAUGUGUGGUGUAGACGCUUUGUUGAGGCUAUGUGUGAGAAGGAAGAUCGGGCCUCUCGGCGUCUCGACUGGGGUUCAGUUUUGGUAGAAAUCAAAGACGGGCUAUUCAUAUAG